CGCUCACUGCAGUUUCAUUGUGUGCCACACCUUCAGUGGCCAGUUUUUCAGCGUGCCACGUUGAGUUGUUUUGAAAUCGUACCGAGUCGGUGCAACCCUUGCAGAUCUGUCUGUCUGUCUGUCUGUUGAGGAGGCAGGAUGGCAUCCAAGGAGCAGCACCUACAGGCCCCCCGGCAGAAAAUGGCUCUGGUGACCGCAUUCAACUUGGUCAAGAAGCAGGCGGCGACGAGCAAAGGCAGCACUGAACCGGAACAAAUUGAAGACAUGCCAGAAGAACUGAAGAAAGUGGAUCUACAGUUACCGCCCCCAAAGGAAGUCAAAUCAAUAGCUGAUUUUCCAUCCCUUUCGGGCACAGCCUCCUGCAAGUUCCCCAUCCCAGCUUUCAUUAAGACCGAUUUUAGCAUCAAUGCCAAGCACGGCGGCGGUACAGCACUGGUACUGAUCACGAGUCUGUAUGACCUCAACUACUUGACUUUCACUUCGGAGCUCUGUCUGAUCCGCUGCGGUUUUGACGGCAACCAUUAUGGCUACACCUCCCUGGCCAAGGGAGGCAGCCACUCGAUAUACAGGUACAUCCGCAUGCACACGGAUUCAGAAGGCCACUUGACACCCUGUGUACGAUUUGGGUUCUCUAGGGCAACGGUUGUCUCAAACAUUGCACAGAUGGGGCACUGUGGGAGUGGGGCAGUCUUCAAAGGUCCCAAAGCGGAAGGCGGCACCAGUACAGCAACCUUCAAACCUGGCAUCUCUUCAGUCAGUCAAGACAAGUAUGGCAAAGCUUGGUUGGUUCUUUGUAGUGCUGCUGGGCAGAAGGGUUCACGUCCCUGCAAUGCCUACUUUGUUGCUUUUGGGUACAAACCCAAUGAAAUGGUCGUGCAUUCCAUUGCUGGUGAGGUUUGCGAUGAUCUGUGGAAGUUUGGCUGCUCCAGCUCAGAAUCCGAUACCAAGUUAGCUUCUUCUGGUGAAGGAGAUGAGUUUGAGUUCACGUGUAGCUCUUCAGAUGAUGAGGAGAAGCAAGAGGAGAGUACAUUUGGUCAACCCGUUGGAGAGCUUGAGAUUACUGGACCGUCUGAGAGUCGAUACUGCAUCUUGUGCUCGGAUGGCAGUGACGAUCUUAAAAAUCUGGCAAAAGUUAUCCAUACCCAGGCUUUCCGUGGGACAACCCCUACAACUCUUGUGGAGGAUAUCUCCAUAUAUGCAGAUCAUACACUACUUGUCAUGUGCUCUUGUAGCAUGGGAGAUUACAACAUGACCUCAUCUGCCCUGUAUCUGGUGACCAUCCAAAACUGGGGGAUCAACAGCUCAUUCAUCUCUGGAAGUUCUGGCUUGUCUGGUAAUGGUAAUGAAUGGACCGUGUCAGCUGAGAGCAACAAGCUGGUCAUUGUUGGUCCCGAUGCCCCUUGCCGCUACAGCUUCUUGUCGACUAUUCCAGAAGAUGCUUCCAGCCCACAAGAGAGGUGCGCCCAAGAUUCCUGCUUGGCCACCGGCCUGGAGACCAAGUACCGGGGAGCAGUGCACCUCAAGGGCACAAGCAUCACCGGGUGGGUGUCCAGAAUGUCACAGGUCAGGAUCAUGAUCAACGGCCACACAAUCGAGCUGGUGGAAGUGGGUCAGCUCUUGGAACAGCCUGAUGGUAGACUGGGAUUCCAGAGGGAGUUGAGUGAGGAUGAGAACAGCCCAGGCCUGAAGCUGCUGCAGGUAUUUGGAGUGACCACUGACAUCAAUAAUGAACCAGUCAGCGUGGAACUGGAUGGUUCACCCCAUCGCAUUGUGAACCAACCACCUGGGGUCCUGUGUGCUGUCAAUCUGGGAGGAUCCAUGUACGAAGCCCUCAACAAAGUGGUCUUCUAUGAGACUGAGAAAACGUUCAAGGUGACAGACAAAGAAGAUGGCAUUCAGUGCCUGAGAAAGUUUGACUCUCUCAUAAGGUCUGAAGACAAUCUGUACAGUAUGAUGACCAACACCUAUGACGGAUUUCUCUAUGGCACAUGCAACGAAACCCAUCCAGAGUUUGCCGACAGGAUGGUGUACAAGAUGACCAUCAAGAAAGCAGGAAAGUUGACUCUUCAGCUGCACAGUGUGAGUGACUACCUGAAAAACCACAGCAUUGAGGUCAACAAAGAAGAAAUCUCUGAAGAGGUGAAUCGACAGUUAUCUGAGAUACCUGAAGUGGUCCCUGGGUACACAGCAAAGGUGGUGUCCAUCCCGUUCAACUGCUCCAGAAAUAAAGUUAAUCUCACUUUUGACAACUAUAAUGAAAAGUGCUUACUGUCGGCCUUUAUGAUUCAUGACGACACAUACAAGGAGCCUGUGCAAAGCCAGAAGGAGAAGGAACAAGACAGGGAAGCCAAACAGAUGUUGGCAGACACUCUUGUGGCGCUGGACCGGACUUUCAGCAUGAAGCAGAUGAAGAUUGCUGGUUGGUCAUCCAACCUGCUGUCCAACCCAUCAGGAGAAAGUGGAGAUAUGAGCCAUUGGAACUUCUCUGGUGACUGGAAGAUUACAGCAGGCGGUGAUCAAACAGAGACAAUGUUCAUAGCAUCUUACAUGCGGUGUGUCAAGUAUCAAGAGGUAGAUCUGAUGCAGCAUUUCUCAGAGAAGCACCUAGACUCUAGUCCGGAAAUUCAGGUGUCGGAGUCCUAUCGGGAAGGGUGCGAUCAAGGUGGAUUCUACUGGCUAACUGCAACCUUGCUGAGUAAAGAUGGCACGGUGAUUCAGAAGAAGACAACGGACAUGCAAAACACCAUCAACACCAGGGCCCAGGGCUGGAUACGAGAGUGUUUCACCUUCACAGACUACGGUCCUGGGGUUCGCAGCGUGGGCAUCGAAACAGUUGGCAAAGAUAUGAAGAUGUGGGCUGGGCACUUUGGACCCUACGUUGCGGCAGCCUGCAUCCGCGUCAAGAGCGAGGUGACUGCAGCGGCAGGAGACACCUACAGCGACAUCCAGCUGACCGCAGGGGCCAGCUUUACCAAGGAGCUAGACGCCAUGGUGCGUGGCCUGUACGCCAGGCACGCAGAGGAGCUGGCCGAGAUGCAGAACACGCUGGAUGAGACGGAGGUCCAACAGGGAGAUCAGCUGGAUGCUUCCAAUGCUCCCAGCCAGGCCAAACCACGUACCAGGCCCACUCAUCAGCGAAUCAAGCGCAAGAAACGGGAGAUCCGAGUCUUUGUCUCCAGCACCUUCCGGGAUUUCACCGAGGAGAGGGAGGUUCUGAUUAAGAAAGCAUUUCGUGAGCUGAACAGGAUUUGUCUGGACCGCGGCGUGUUCUUCACUUACGUGGAUCUGCGCUGGGGUAUCACCGAGGGGCAGACCAACGAUGGAGAAACAAUCUCUAUUUGCCUGAGAGAGAUUGAGAAGUGCCGGCCUUACUUUAUCUGCCUGAUGGGCGAUCGCUUUGGCUGGAGCCAAAGAAAGAAGCGUCCAGACAAGCUGCUUACCAAGAGCUUUGACUACGCCAUUGAGAACUUUAAGCAGCUGGAGUGGAUUGACAAGCACCGUUACGAAACAAGCGUCACCAAGCUGGAGAUCCUACAUGCCGCCUUGAAUGACAGGUCGCUCAACCAAGGGCGCACCUUCUUCUACCUGCGGCAGCCUCGCAUCAAGCGGGAGGAUCUGGAACCUGACGAAGACGAGGUGGAGGAGGCAGGGAAAAAAGAUGGCAAAACGGAUGCUGGCCAAAAAGACAAGAGUGCCAAGGAGGAGAAGAAAGUAAAGAAUUUUGGAGAGACCCAAUGGCAUUUUGACCGCCAGCAUAAACUCAGGAAGACCGUGGAGACAUCCGGGAUGCCUGUCCAUCAGUACUCCACGGCUGAGGAGGGAUGUGAGCUCAUUCAGCAGGACCUGAUGUGGUGCAUAGACCAAGAUUUCCCUCCCGGCACCGAGCUGAGUGCCCUCCAGCGAGAACAUGAGGCCCACCAGGCCUUUGCCGAGCCCCGCCGUCGCAUCUACAUCGGCGGCCUGGACUACAUCAAGCAGAUUGACGCGUUCGUCCAGCGGGCGGCCAGCCAAGCAGCGGACGGGGAGGCCACCGAAUCCACUACCAACAUGCCCCUGGUCAUCCUCGGGGAGUCUGGGUCAGGCAAGUCGGCUCUGGUGGCCAACUGGACCCAUCAGUUCCAGGAGGCCCACCCUGAUGCCUUUUUGUUCCUGCAUUUCAUUGGGAGCUCAUCUGAGAGUGCCUCUCAUCUCAACCUGCUACGUCGGCUGUACGAAGAGAUGAAGCAGUUCUUUGGCUUUGAGAUGACGGUUCCCACAUCCCAUCGUAAUCUUAUCUUGGAGCUGUCCACCUGGCUUCAGAUGGCCGCCAAGCAGGCCAGGGUGGUGCUGGUCCUGGAUGCUUUGAACCAGCUGGAUACUGGCACAGGACCAGGGGAUGAACAGGACUUGAAGUGGAUUCCCAAGGAGCUGCCAGGAAAUGUCUCCAUGGUCCUGUCGACACUUCCAGGAAGGGCCAUGGACGCAGUCACUGGUGCCGGCUGGCCCACAAUGCGUGUCCAUCCUCUCAAUGUUGACGAGAAAUUAGAGAUUGUGACCGGCUACAUGAAACUGUACGGCAAGACGCUGAACAAGGAGCAACGGUCGAUGAUCAUCGAUGCCAAGCAAACAGACAAUCCUCUCUACCUGAAAGCUCUGCUGGACGAGGUGCGUAUGUAUGGGAAUUUCUUCCAACUGACCACUGCCAUCAAGGGGUAUUUGGCAGCCGGCAAUCCAGGAGAACUCUUUGUGAAAAUCCUGGACCGAAUGGAGAAUGAUUUCGAGCAAAGUAUUGUCGAGAGACUGGGCCUGGUCCGAGAUGCCACUACCGCCCUCUGGUGUUCACACCGUGGUUUGAGUGAACAGGAGCUCCUGCAAUUUUUGAAGGUACCUGGCAAAGUAUGGUCCCCCUUUUACCUGUCGCUGGAGGAGAAUCUUGUCAAUCGCAACGGCAUCCUCAACUUCUUCCAUGACCAUCUCCGCCAGGCUGUGGAGCGCAAGUACCUGUCCACGCCGGAGCUGAAGUGUGAAGCCUUCCUGAAACUGGCCAAUUGGUUCAACACCCAGGACAUUGACGAGAGAUAUGUUGAAGAGGUGCCCCACUGUCUGGCCCAUGCCAAGGAGUUCAAGCGUCUGCGAGCCACCAUCCUGAACAUCGCCGUCUUUGAGCGCCUCAUGAGCACGGAGGAAGGCAAAUUUGAGCUCAUCAAGUCCUGGCAGCUGCUGGGUGGAUAUGAGGAGGUGGAAGAGUUGUACCUUGGUGUCUUGGCUCGCUCCGAAGAGUGGGAGAAGUCAAGGCAGAGAGAUGGCCUGAUCCGAGCCAUGGCUGGAUUCUUCAAUCAGCUAGGGCUGCUCAGUGGAGCUAGGCAACUCAAUGAGCGGCUGUUGUCAGAGCUGGAAGCCCGGUACAUUGGCAGCCAUGCUACCAUCGUUUACCAUCAUGCCAAGUACGAGUACAAGACCAAGUGCAUUCACCCAGAUGUCUUGGAGGUGUUGAUCUCACUGGGAACCGUUUCCAUCAAGCUGGGAGACCUAGAGGGAGCCAGCAGGCAUUUCCACGAGGCCCUGCAGAGGCAGAAUAAGAUCACGACGCCCAAGCAGAAGCUUCAGCUGGUCAAGGCGCUUCUGGGCAUGGGGUCAGUGCUAAGCUUGAAGGGGAAAGCUGACGAGGCUAUUCGCUUCCUGAGGCGAGCUGAGGAGGUGGCUACUGAUGUCCUCGGACCCAAGCACCAUUAUGUCGCUGCCAUUAACGGACAGAUUGGCCAGCUGUAUUACAGCCAGAGCAAGCUGGACAACGCCAUGCUGCUCCAUCUCUGGGACCUGAAGCUGACCCAGAGCGACGUGGGGCUGAACCACCCCCGUGUGGCGGCCAUCCUCAACAACUGCGGCCUGGUGCUAGACGACAUGAACGACAAGCUGGCCGGUGAGGUGUUCCAGUCCGUGCUGGGGAUCCUGGUGGGGGCUUACGGGAAGGAUCAUGUGGAUGUGGCCACCAUCAGAUACAACCUUGGGUUGUAUUUCAUGGCAUCCAACAUGUACCAACGUGCCAAGUACCAGUUUGACGAGGCCCUACGCAUAUCUGAGCUGUUCCUGGAGCCAGAUCACCCCAACAUACAGGCCACUAGGACUGCCUUAGAGAAGCUGGCAGAAUUUAUGCAAUGAGAUCAGCCCUGGCUGAGAUAUAUUACCCAUAAUGGUCCCCAAAAGGGGACAAAUAUAUUAUAAGCAAACUGCAAAAGCAUGAGGGAAAAAAAAACAAGCAUUACAGUAAAACUUUGCAAUAUUUGUCGAUAAAGUGCAUUAGAAAAUAUGUAGUUAUUACCACUGAAAUGUGUAAGUUUAUUUCAUUUGUUGCCUCUUACAUGCAGUUAUUAUUAGCUUUAACAAAUUAAAUGGACCAAUUUGUAAUGAAGGAAUUUAUUACUUACUUUUUACACAGGAGGGUUUUUAUAUUUGCCAUGUCUUGCUCAAAACUAUAGAAAUGUGCAUUUACUUCAUUUUUGGUUUAAAGUUCAAUAUCACUCAGCGUCAAAACAGAGUAAUCUACAUCUAAAGUAUGGUUGUAAAGGGUAUAAGCUGUGUCUUGCCAAAGUGGUCAUUUUUUUUUUAUAAAGCCCAAAUCAAUGCAAUACAGUCCACCCGCAUUGGUGUGCUGAAGUAUUACUAACAAAUCUGAUUAUAAUACAAAUGCAUCGGUUCUGGUUUGUCUAGAUAGUUUGGCUUUACUUCAUAGCAGUGAGGUGUUGCCAGUGAUGAAGCCCUUUAAAGACAAAGCAUUCUAGUAGAACUUGAGGCCAUAAUCUAGCUUUCGCUAUUUUUUGUGCACAAGUCUUUAAUAUUGAAACCACCAAGACUGGGGCGGGGGUUGCUGGUUAAAGCUACUGUUUGUCCUGAUGGGUUUUCGAGGAAUCAGAGACUGAUUUCUAGGUGACAACAUUUAAAAAUAUAACCAUUUUUGUCAAGUAUACGCUAUUGAUCAAUUUAUCACAGCUCUGGUUAGAGGUUUACUGUUCGUAGUUGUCCUUUUAUAGAGUAAUGUCAAAAGUGAAAGGCAAAAUUAUCCAUUACAAUUUCCAUCACUAACUCCUCUGACAUACGUUUUCCUUAAGAAUCUUUCUUUUUCAAAUCUUUGAUUUAUUUUGAAAUAACAUAGGCAUUUUUGAAAUAUAUUGAUAAGACAAGGGUAUAUUUGUAUACCUGUAUUUCUAAAAAUGCAUUCUUGGGCUGCAGGAGUAUACAUCUGAAUUGACUUUUAAAAAUCAAAAUUUGUUAUUUUGUAACAAAUGUAAUGUUCUGUUCCAAAUACAAUUUUGCUUUUCCUCUAAGGUCAAACAAAAAAUUAGUUGUGUUUCCUGUUACACUGAAAAUAUAAUUAGGGUAGUUGCUUGGAUAAAAAUUUUUUUACUCAAAAUUUGUAUGGCCCCCCCAAAAAGGGUCGG